AUGGCCACUUGGUGUCACCAGGUUCGAGAAGCAUAUAGGAAGUUGCAGCGGGCCCUACGUCGUGCUCGAGGAGACCAACCAGAUCCAAAGGAUGAUGGUGCAGCUCCUUCGCAUGCUUCGUCACGAGCACGAUCCGGCCCUGAACCAGCUGCUGAGGAUGAUUCCGAGGAAGAGCAAGAUCAAGAUGAAGAACCUGGACGACCACCUUCAAGACCUGCUUCAUCUCCUAAGAGUCGUGGCAAAGGCAAGACCAAAGACCAUGCCUCUCCCUCCAGAGGUUCUCGCGGCUCUGGAGGUUCCAGCAGUGAAGAUGAAGACUUCUCAACUUUGUGGGAUGAUCUUGACCUCGGCCUACCAGAAGUGUUGCCCACAGAGCUGAUCGGUUGGAUCAUGUUGAGGAAGUCCGCCCUCAAUGCAGCUCAACGUUUGAAUGUGCUCUCAAGCAUUGGGAACUCGCUCAAAGCAGAAGAUGUUGAACGUGGCCUACGAGGAGCUGAAGAUGAGCUUCGCCUGGUUGAGCGAGAGAGAGAAGGGCGUCCAAAAGGGCACUCGAAAGGAAAGCAUCGCAACACCUUCUGGAUUGAGCAAGAUGACCAAUGGGGCAUCCUCCUGACGGAGGAGGCUGAUGCUGAGGACAUCUUGGAGCAGAACGAUGUCCACUGGCUCUCAACGAAUGCCCUGGAACAAGCUUUUCCGGCUUGGGAAACUCCAUCCACUCCAUCAUCCAGGCCUGACACUGAAGACCGCUACGGCCAGGAAGAUGGUUUCUUUGCAGCAGACCCUCAACUACCAGGCGCCUAUGAGUCUGAAGCCUGGAACUCAGUUUUGUGGAGCUCACCUGAUGAAGCCAAACCUGUGGUGGAGGCCUAUGCGGCCUACGAAGAGAAGAUGAGGACAUUUCAAGAUAGUCGACGUGCUCACGCCGCCAAACAAGCCAGCAGAGGUUUCUUUCCGAAAGGAAAAUGGAAAGGCAAAGGCCACGGAAAGAAAGGUAAAGGCUAUGCUCGUCCUACCUUCUCGUCUUCCUCUACGGCAUCCCCGGUCUUGGCAGUGCAUGGUGCUGGAAAGCCUGGGUCUCCUUCGUACUCAGGCUGCUUCAUUUGCGGGGCGAAAGAUCACGACUUUCGCUCUUGUCCCAAGCGCUCGAAGAGUGGAAAAGGUUUUGGCAGUGGAAAAGUCUUCAUGGUUGAGGAGGCGCAAGAGCUUGAAGAGACCUUUGUUUUCCACGCCUGGUCCGAGCCUGAAAGGCCCUUGAGUGUCAUGAAGGUGGGUGAAGUCAGUUCGCCCGAGAUGGAAGGCUUCGGUGUGCUCGACACUGGAGCUACUGAAACUGUUUGUGGCCUGAGCGCUUUGGAAUGGAUCAUGCACAAGCGUGCUGCUGCAGGUGCUUCUUCGGGCGACUUCACGGUCGUCGAUGUGCCCCAGAAGACCUUCAAGUUUGGAAAUGGAAUGACGCAGCAGUCAGAGUCUUUGAUUUUGCUGCCUCAGCGGCUAGGUGAGCAUAGCUUGUCACUUGGCAUCUACACCCUGGAGGCCAAUGGAGUUCCAGUGUUGGUGGGGAUCAAAACCCUCACCCGACUUGGAGCAAUCAGAGAUACUUCACGUUCAGCGAUGGUGCUCACUGCCAUCGAUGCAUCCUUGUUGGUUCCGCUGAAACUGAGUGGAUCCGGUCACCUUCUCAUGGACCUCGCUCACGAUUGGUUGAGUCAGGGUACCAAGAUUCUUUUCACUGAAGAGCUCUCUGGAAAGCAGCAAUAUGCGAAAGCCAAGGCAAAGAUCGAAGAGCCCUCCAAGAGCUCUGGCAAGGGCGACAAGAUGGACAAGAAGAAGGCCACCUGGGAGGAGAAGUACGACGAGAGUCGCACGGUGGCUGCAGACCCGAGGGAUCCUCGAACCCUCAGAGCUCCUUGCUGGGGCAACCACACUCCAGCAGCAGCAUACCGUGGAAGUGUGUCAGGGAGCAAUGGACAUGCGACAUGGGUGGGGUGCGAACGCUGCCAGCUUCGCCUGUCCUAUACCCCGGCGUUCGGGGCGACAGGACUUCAUCGACAAGCAGGUCCGAUCCCAGAGGACACUCGUCGACAGGUGGAGGAGCUCAAAGAAAAAGCUCCAUACAACCCAUUGCUUCGCACUCAGGCGGUGGGAUUGGAUGGAGCAGAACGUUCGCUGAUGAGCAAGCUGGACAACAUCAGAGCUCGCAAGGCAGCAGCGGGAUAUGCACCUCGCUCUCCCGACUCCAACGAGACCACAGCGCCCAGCAGCAAUCAGACUCCUGUUCCUCGGACUCCAAGCUCAGUGGUCGAGAUCCCCGACGACGAGGAGGAGUAUGUGCCAAGUCCAGCUCCGACCGACAAGGAACUUCUCUCCAUGGUUCCUGGGAGCAAAUCCCGCCGCAACGAGCGGCCAGCAGAGGAGGUGGAGUACGCCGACCGGGAGGAUCGCUCGUGGUCGACCGUGACAUCUCCAGAGAAGCGAACCGGCGCAUCGAGUUGA